AAUAUUUUCUUUGUUUGCAGUACAUCUUACAUUCUUUGGCACUGGCACGGCGCCACUGAUUUUCUAAGUUCCACAACCGCUGAGGUGGUUGUGGCGCCCCUGUGCUCUAAACAGCCAGCCAGUCAAACAACCAACGAACGACCUACACAAAAAGCCAGAAUACAGACAAUUUACGUGUGUUCUCUCGCCCGCUCAGCUGAGCUGAGUGAAUGAAAAUGCGAAACGCUCAGCGAGUAGCACACGUCGUCAUUUGUAGAAUAUCUGGGGGUGGCGAGCGGAGAGCUGUAAUAUGAUUACAACAACAAAACAAUAACAAUAAACAGAAAACAGCAGUGACUGGUGUAUUAGCAGCCACAGCAGCAGGCACCAAACAGUCAGUGAGCCAGUGAACCAGUGAAGGCAGCAGCGCGCAGCAAUUUAGUCUGCAUUUGUUUUCUUUGUUCAAAACAUUACAAAAUUAAUUUAGUGCGCAAUAGAAAUUAUAUUCAAUUUUUUUUAUAAUUUCACUUUUACAAUUGUCGAUGAAAAUUACGUCACAUACAAUAAUCACGUACAUUGCAUUUGGUUGAAGAAAUGAAAAGCGAAUAAAACAAAAAAAAUAUGUGAAUAAACAGAACGCUACCGAAGCAAAACAAUUGAAGGAAAAAAGUGAAAAAAUAUUAAACGCAAUAAAAAUCUGUGAAAUACAUACACAAAACAGGCGAAAAGGGAUUUUCGAGUGCAGUUCCAACACAAAGCGUAAAGUGAAAAACGAACGAAAAAGUUAUAAAACAAUCCAGCAAGCAGCAAAGCAAUUGCCUUCGCCUUACAGCGAGUGCCCACGAAUGCAUUUCGCUCAUAUGUACCAAAAUUCAAGUGUCCACGAUUCAACGUACAUAGUGGUCGGUGUCGGUAUCGAUAUCGUCGUCGUCGCUGUCGGAGCGAGUGCAUGCAGGCGCGGAAGCGUACGGAGGUGGUGUCGGAGUCAGAGCAGCAGCAACAGCAGCCACAGCCGCUGGAACAGGAAGAGCAGUGCUUGCACUGUUAGUCGCAGUCGUAGCCAUCACAUUAGCGGUAGUCAUAGCCGUAGGAGCUUUUAUACUAAUUUUCGUAGCAUUAGACGUAGAGGCCUUUGUUUAACGGAUACGGAACGUCAGCAAUAUGCCAUCACUACUGGAAGCGUUGGAACGGAAAUAUUUCACCGAUUGUCAAUUAGAGAAUCUAAACGACGACGAUGCAGCUGCUGAAACAGAAAAGAGUCUCAUAUCCAUUUAUAUACCACGUCUGCCACCGUUGGUCUGCGUGCCCGAGUUGUUGGUAUUGAACGACUGUGACAUUGACUGUGCGGGCGAUUUCGAAGCCAUAAAAGAGAAAUGUCGCCGCGUGCGUGAGCUAGAUCUGGCACAGAAUAAGCUGCACGACUGGCAAGAGGUCUUCCACAUACUCGAACAUAUGCCGCGAGUGGAGUUUCUCAAUUUGAGCAAAAACCAUCUGGUCGGCCCCAUUUGCAAUCCAACCACCCUACCCACGAACAGUUUAAGGAGCAUGGUGUUGAAUGGCACAUACCUGGAUUGGCCAUGUGUUGAAGUGUUGUUGGAUAAUUUGCCAUUGUUAGAGGAAUUACAUCUCAGUUUGAAUGACUACAAAGAAGUGCUUAUCGAUUCAAUUGAGUGCGCGAGUGUUGCUGUUGGUGGUGGUGGUGGUGGUGGUAAUGAGCGCGAGGAUGAUGUUGCCGUCAAAGAGGCGCAUGCUGUCGUUGACGACGAGGUAACCGAGUGCAACGAGCGUAACGAGCGUAACGACAACAAACAUAGUGACUCAGACAAAUUAACCCCCGCAAAUGCAACAACAGCCGAAACAACAAUAAUAGAAACACAAACCGAAACAGAAACACCAGCGACACCACCACCCACACCAACUUCACCCACAGGCAGUUACAACGAACCGCGGUGUAAGCGCAUACAACCACAUCGAAAGUUGAAAACACUACAUUUCACCGGCAAUCCUGUAGAAAGUUGGCUCGAAAUCUGUCGUUUGGGUCGCGUAUUUCCCAGCCUCGAGAAUCUGGUGCUCGCCGACUGUCCCAUCAAGGCGAUUCAAGCUGAUGCGGGUGAGGCAGCGGGUGCGAGUGCUGCCAACAACAAUGACUGCCCGACCGUGUGCGAGGAAGACGUCGAAAUGUCCAAUAAAACGGAAUGUCCGCACAAGCAUUUCCACAAUCUGCAAUUUCUCAAUCUCAGCUACUCGAACAUAAGCGCCUGGGAUGACAUAGAUCAGAUUGCGAAAUUUCCGAAAUUGCACAAUUUACGCGUCAAGAAUUGGCCGCUGUGGGAACGACUCGAGUGCACCGAACACGAACGUCGUCAGCUGUUAAUUGCGCGUUUGCCGAACGUAAGUCUACUUAACGGCGGUGGCGUGAUCAGCGCCGACGAGCGCGAAGAUGCGGAGCGCGCUUUCAUACGCCACUACAUGGAUAAGCCCGAGUGGGAACGUCCGAAGCGUUAUGACGAAUUGCUGGCCAAACAUGGCAAAUUAGAUCCGUUAGUUAACAUAAAUCUUAAGCCUGAGAAACGCCUAAAAGUAUUCAUUACAUAUAAGGAUAAGACGGAAACGCGCCUGCUCGACGUCUACUGCACUGUGGGCGAUUUGAAGACGCGACUGGAGAAGCUGAUCGAUUUGCCAGCAAAUAAGAUGCGUUUGUAUUAUGUCGAUCAAGAUUUCAAGGAGUUCGGGCCGGAAUUAAUGAAAUAUCCCAAUAAGCGUUUGUACAGUUAUAAUAUACAAGCGGGUGAUGAAAUCAUUAUCGAUGAGAAGAAAUAAGCUCAGUUGACGUAUUCUAAAUAUACUAUCACAUACACACACACGCAAACAUAAAUACACUUAACGACUUGAUUG